CCGGCUGCAAAAACCCCACCCCGCCGUUACCGCCCGACGAGAUCGCAGCACGAAGGGGUCAACCCCGCUUCCCUGCCGUGGCGACGUCCGCCCCUGGCCCUGGGUGGCCGUUCCAGGAUCGUAAUAUUAUGCCGACGGGGAGCAGCUUCCCUCUCGCACGAAUCUAUCGCGUCUUUCGAACUUCCUUCUCGCACCGUGCCGCUCUCGCGAGUUUUCCGUUCGCGGAUUUCCGGCGCGUCAGUUUCCCGCUCGCAGGCAGGUUUUCCGCGCGCAGGUUUCACCAGUGAAAAUUUCUCCCUCGCAAGUUUUCCGCUCGUAAAUCUCCCGCUCGCGUUCGCCGAUUUCCCAGUUCAGCGGGAUUUCCCUCGCAAGUUUCGCACUCGACACAAUUCGCGAAGACCCGGUCCAGGAGUUUCUCUCCUGCCUCGCAUCGUCCGUGGACUUUCCCCCCUCGUGACUCUUUUUCCCCGGAUUUUCAUCGACCACUGACUGUUCAAUGGUAAGUUAAACGUGUUGACGUGUCCACUGACCACGAGGAAAGCGUAAAAGGAGUGCUGGCAUUUGACAGGUUAGGUCUAGUGCGGUGAGCAGUGUUGUGACGUACUGAUGUCUCACAUCUCGAAGAUCGAAGGAAGGAAGAAUCGACAUAGAUCGGAAGAAUUGAGAGGUGCAAUGAGGGUGCGGUGCUUCAAAUAAGGGAUGAACUGAUGAUUCAUGAUUGAUGACCGCAACAACUGCUUGGUCGGCUCGAGGCAGCCGAGAUUGUCGGAGCGCCGAAAUAUCCGACGUUGAAACCGCGACACAACCGAGCUGGACUCUCGAAGAAUUGACGGGUCUAAGGUGCCGUGAUUUGGAUGGAAAUAGUCGGACGAAGAUAAAUUCAACGACUGCUUUGUCGCAGAGAAGCGAAAGAUAGCCGACGAUAGAAUUUGCCGUCGGGUUUUCGACUAUUUAACCGACUUCAGAAUGCAGCGGCAUGCGUCGUAGCAGCGCGCGGCCAGGGAAAUGCUGAAGGAAGUUGGCUGCGGGAGCGCUACACCCCCGCCUGGAGACGGCGGCGGGACAAACAAUCGGCAGGUCGGCGCGAACGAGGGCGGCGGCGGCGGUGGCAACGGCGGCGGCAGCGGCGGCGGAGGUGGUGGCGGCGGUGUCAGCAUCGCCGAAGGUACUCUCGGCUGCGGCGGCUGCGGAAGGGAAAUCGCCGAGCGUUGGUAUCUAAAGGCAGCUGAUCGCGUAUGGCACUGCGGCUGCCUGCGCUGCUGCCAUUGCCGAGUCCCUCUCGCCGCUGAGCUCACCUGCUUUGCCCGAGACGGCAACAUCUACUGCAAGGAGGAUUACUGUAGGCUCUUCGCGGUAUCCCGAUGCUCUCGAUGUCGCGCCGGUAUUUCUGCUUCGGAAUUGGUGAUGCGCGCUCGCGAGCUGGUAUAUCACGUGGCGUGUUUCACUUGCGCCUCCUGUGGCACCCCGUUGAACAAAGGCGACCAUUUCGGGCAGCGGGAUGGACUGGUAUAUUGUAGACCUCACUACGAGUUGCUGUGCUGUGCUGGGGAUUACGGAGGUGCUGCUGGUAGCAUCGAGGAUCUCGGCUCACCAGGAGUGUCGCCGCUACCAGCUUACUACGAGCAGAAUCCAAUAGCCUCCUCUGGCACGGUGCAAAAGGGUCGGCCUAGGAAGCGGAAACUGUCUGAAGUCACCGGCUCCGAGUUUCCCGUCACGAUGAGGCUGGCCGCUGGAGCGCUCGAAUUGCUGCAACCCACGGAACUGUCCUCGUCGAUGGAGUCGCUAGCUGCGUACGACACGUCCGUAGGCUCUCCGGGACCGGUGCAUCAGAGCCAGCGGACGAAACGUAUGCGUACUAGUUUCAAACAUCAUCAAUUGCGAACCAUGAAAACCUACUUUGCGUUAAAUCAAAACCCGGAUGCCAAAGACCUGAAGCAACUCGCGCAAAAGACCGGUCUGUCGAAGAGGGUGUUGCAGGUAUGGUUUCAAAACGCCCGUGCGAAAUGGCGACGGAACCACAUGCGGCAAGAGAGCAGCAACGCCGGCAGCAACGUCGGUUGUUCCGGGACGCCAGUGUCCUCCAGCACCGGCAAUUCCCCGAACGUCGGUCCGGCCGCCAACAUCCUCGGCGACAGCAACAGCAUGCCCUCGACCUCCAUGGAGGAGCUACACGCUCUUCAUCAUCUGCACUCUGGUGUCUCCUCUCAGGUCUCUUUCUCGGACCUCUAUAGACGACGACUCGAGAUGGAGGAGGAUGCUUACAGCAGCCUCUCUAGCCAUCUUGGAUGAGGGACUAUUACGUUUUCUCGCGAAUCAAUUCCGAGGAACACGGCGAGCCGAUGACAAAACCAUUAUCGUUUCUAAGAAGAAUCACUGAUAAACGUUCGCGUGAGUUUCUGUUGACUUACUGUAGCAAACGGUCGCCACGUUUGGGUCUGGACUGUGUUCCAAAACGUCCGGAGUGAUUCUUGUCGUGGUGGUUUUCAUGAUAGCUACUUCAAUUCCAAGGCAACCUCUACACAGCUGAAUUUCACGCAAGGCAAACUUCUUGACCGAAGCAACACUGUACGAUCGGUUCCUUCAGGAUUUCGAUGUCAUUUUAAGGAUGGAAUAAGUAAUUCGAAAGCGCUCGUAAGAAAGACGACGUUGAACUUUACAGAGGAAGUGGCCCAUCGAAAGAUCCUCGCGGUGAGGUGAUCUAGUCAGAUAGAGUUUAGCGGGUAACUUUGAGGACGAUUAUGUUUAUAAGUAAUCAGUGAUAAUAAUCAUAGUUCCAUGCACGUCCGAAUUACCAAAGAUUACUAGACGGGAAUAGUAAGAAUGUAAUCUAGAUAUGUAUACAAAGGAUAUAUCAUUAGUGAUCAUGUCGAUAAAUUAUCGAUAAUUAUCGAUCGACGGGGCCUCUCAAAUACUGAUCAAUGUACGGGGUGUUCAAAAAAGAUACAUAUCAGUAGCAAGUACGUGUGUUUUCUUCAAAGAACACUCGACGAAAGAAUUUUCUAGCUAUUUCCCAGCUGAAAGUUUUCCAGCCUUCAAUUCACUAUAAAAAUCUUUACAAAGGCUUGAUAAAUUAUUUUAAACUUAUCGAGUAUUUUACUGAAUUUGAAAACGAUGCGAGAAAUAUGUCAACAUUGCCUAAUACAUCGUACGAACUGUAUGCACUUGUUUAGAACACCCUGUAUAAUAUUGUACGGCCGAACUAAACGAAGACUCGUCUGUGCGGACGGAUAUGUACAUUGUGUGCAACGAGAUCCUUUCAUUUGUCCCUGUUAAUUUGUCACGGGACUUCACGCGCGGUUAAUUUUCAUCGACCUCGCUCCGCCGUCAUAUCCUCCAAAGUCAAACGAUUAAAUAUUCAUCGGUAAAGUCUAUUGUGUACGAUCGUGAUUAUGCUGAAUACCGAGAAACGAUGCAGAUAUCUUUCCGAUGACGCGAAUUGUAGACGCAGUAUUAAUAGACAAUUAAUAUAAUUUAUUAUGACUGUACUUGAGGAGAAUGUCAACGAGAUGAUUUCUAUAUUACGUAGACACGGAAUAGUACGAAAAUAUAGCAUUGAACUUUCCAUUGUCAUAAGGAGAAGAUCGCAAGGCAAGAAUCAAUGAGAUCCGACGAUCGAGGUAACAUUACGCAAAGCCUGAUGAAAAUCUAAGUAAGUGUCUGCGAUUUUUAUAUUUAGCGGUGUAAAUGUACGAAAAAAAAAAGUUCUUAAAAAACGGCGUUCCUCUGCUCGUGCCAAAACGUAGCUAAGAAACAAAUUUUUUAACGAGCUGCUUGAAUUCAAAGAACGUGAUAUAUUUUUGCAAAUCGCAGCACGGUUGUCACGGGUAUCACGAACCAUUCGGAAAGCAAACGACUUCGCUUCACGAGUAUUUCACGUUAUGCGUUCUUACAUUCGCUUCUCUCCUCCAAAUCGUCAUCUUUGAAUUCGAGCAAUGCGAAGCACACACAUACACACACAUACGCGCGCACACAUACACACGUAUUUGACGCAAAUAUUUGCACAAAGUUGCGAAUAAAGAUUAGGAUGUCGCAUAUUUGCGGAAUUUUAAUCAAGUUCGACCCCUCAAGCGUCUAUAACGUCAUAGAAUAUUGUAGAUUUAAUAUUUUUCCAAAUAUUGAAGUAUUAGGAAUAUCGGGGAAUCAUUGAAGUUAACCACCGAACAAACUAUUUUCACAAAGUUUGAUCAUUAUUGAGAUAAGCCCUCAUUUCUAAACUGUCAAUCCUUUUGACACUUAAUUUUAAAUCAUGUCUGAGGGGCUGUAAAUAAUGCGCAAGAUAAUUCGUGGAAAUUUGGAGUGCGUUAUGAAAAUCAACAACUUAAUUACACAAGACAUUCGUCAGUUAAUUAAAAAAAAAGGAAAUUAUGUUAGAUUGCGACAAUUGUCCAAGAUAUUUAUCUACAUAUUUUGAAGGUUAUUAACACUCCGGAGGAAAAACAUAUUGAGUGUAUUUUUCUAAAUAUUUCUAUAUUUUCUAUUGCAAUUGCUACAUUUACAUUUUCUUCCAUUGCUUGGAAAUAAAUCGAAAUUGUGAAUAUUUUACGGGCAUCCUUUUACGGCGCAUCUCUUGCGUACGAAAGUUGACGUUUACGUAACGCUCGACCGAGAAAAUCGAUAGAUCGCACACGUUAGGUAUCUGUAGUAUAGCGAUGAUUAAGUGUACAUGUUAAAGAGCGAGGCAAUUAUUUCCAACUGUAUAGAUAAAUUAAUGUGCUAUAUUCGAGUGCAACUAGUAACGCAUAAUAAACAGUUACGUACGU